AAGGGAUUUCUGCUGGAGGAGCGAAAUGAAACUCAAACAAUUCCUUCUCAGAUAUUAUCCACCAGGUGAUGAACAUGUUGUUGAUGAUGCUAAGAUACUUGAUAAUUAAGAUACUAAUGAAUGUUUGAACAAGUAGCUAGCUAAUUAUUUGUACCGUUUUGUGCAACUACACAGCAACUUUAACAGUAGUGCUGUUCUGACCUAGAGCUAGCGGACUAGGCUAGCCCAGAGCCAUAACCUUAGGUCUCUGUGCUAGCCAGACCAGUUAACUGUAACAGCAAUUUAAUGCAUGACGCACAAGUUGAAGUUACAAGUAGGCUCAAGUAACUUGUAUCUUACACUUGGUCGGGUUUUGAAUAUUGAAUUGAUGCCUUUUGUUCACAGGUAUCAUCCUGGAAUAUGAGAAAGGAGGAGCUCUGAAGAGUAAAUCCAUUGAUGUGUUGGAUUUGUCUCCAGAGUGGGUAGACAAUAGUAUAAUUCAUGUUUAUGAAUGAGAUGCUGUGUUUAGUGAUCAUGAUAUGUACAGGGCUGCCAACUUUUGAAGAAAGCUUCGAGUGAGAUUUGCUAUGUGAAUUUCAUUGCCCUCUGGCACAACCCCUAGAGGGCGGACUGGGGGUCCUCCCUCAUGAAAAUUGUACUGUUUUAAAGAUAGUUUCCUGCAAUUCUACGUAUUUUGACAUGGCUUAGGCCUAUGACCAGGGUAAAAAAAUAAAAACACAGGUCAGGUGUAUUCAGGAUGCUUUGAACAUUAAUUGAACACUCAAACUUUGACCACUUUGUUACUUAGAGAUUUUGGGGGGAUGACAUUUAAAGUAUGCUAACAUUUUUGUAAACAUAUUUUUUAGGUGGUUUGACACUUCAUUCAGACAGUAAUGGAAUUAGAUAGGGAGACAGGCUAAUGAUAGAAACAGUGGGAAGGUUGGAAACAGGGAUUGAUCCCUGUUCUCAGGUAGAAAGUUGCAUGCAACAAUUACCGGGGAGUGUUACCACUAGGGCUGUUGCGGUGACCGUAUUACUGCCACACCGGCGGUCACGAGUCAUGACGGCAGUCAAAUUCCACCAGACCAUUUAGUCAUGGUAAUAUGCUUCUCCAAGCUCUGAUGCUGCUGAUGGUCAUUAGUAGCCUACCAAACUUGGUAACUGCCUGGUACUCAGCACUCUAUUGUCCAUCUAGUCACUCUGACAUCAAUGCAAAUGUUAUCGAAAAUCGAAUCACACUGCAUGAGAGCCAAUGAGCUCAUGUUGCGCAACAUUUCUAUAGGCUAUGCAAUUGAGUGAGAAAACAGAGUGAUGGCCUCUAUUAAAAAGAGGAGGAUCCCAUCAGCUUUCUAUAGGCUAGGUCUACUAUAUUUAUUUCUCUACUUUCCUAAUAUUAAGCACAUUGCCUCUCUUUACAACAGGAGUAUAGCCUACCUGGCUGCUAUGAAAAUGAACCUGGGAAAAGUGUCCUCCAUUCACAGGAGGUUGGUGGCACGUUAAUUGGGGAGGAUGGGCUCGUGGUAAUGGCUGGAGAGGUGUGAGUGGAAUGGUAUCAAAUACAUCAAACACAUGGUUUGAUGCCAUUCCAUUUGCUCCAUUCCAGCCAUUAUUAUGGAGCCAUCCUCCCCUCAGCAGCCUCCACUGCCUCCAUUCGCUAUUUACACUACCAGUCAAAUGUUUGGACACACCUACUCAGUCAAGGGUUUUUCUUUAUUUUUUAACUAUUUUUUACAUUGUAGAAUAAUAGUGAAGACAUCAAAACUAUGAAAUAACGCAUAUGGAAUCAUGUAGUAACCAAAAAAGUGUUCAGCAAAUCAAAAUAUAUUUUAUAUUUGAGAUUCUUCAAAUAGCCACCCUUUGCCUUGAUGACAGCUUUGCACACAGGGGUAGGUUUUUUUCCCCUACCCCUAUUUCGAGAGAGGUGCAUGAUAAUGGUCCAUUCUAAAUCAAAACAAAUUUCACACUUAUAUUAUUUACUAUAUGUAAAGACAAGAUUAAGUCAAGAAUAGUCUGAUGGGUGACAAUAUUAGCCUAUCACUUGUGAAUUAUAUAUUAUCACUUGUGAAUGAUGCCCAGCUUGUUUGCAGUAAGGCAAGAAAUACCUUUGUUUUGCAACUUUUUAAAAUCAUAGUUGCACACCUCAUGUAGCCAAGCCCAUAGGCCUAUAUGUUUUGAUAAGGUUUGUAUCACAACUAAAGUGGCCAAAUAACUUCUUAAAAUGAAGCACAUUAAUCUGCUUUACAACGGGUGUAGAGCCUAACUGGCAUACAUAAGCAGCGCAUGUGUUUCAAGUUUGGGGAAGAUAAUUCUCACCAUAAAAAUGCACCUUUAUAAUAAAAGCAUUAUAUGCAUAAUUGCAUUUGCGGUCACUUCCAGCGAAUUGAUUGCAUUUUGGAACAUUUGCGCUUAUAGCCUACUGUCGUGUGCGCAUUGCUCCGCUUAUAAUGUGAUGAAAUAGCUAAAUAGUUUGUCAACAUUUGAAGCUAAAUGUUCUGAUCUGUUGCGUCAGCCUCAUUGCUUGAAAAAUGUUUUUUUAUUCUAAUGGUUGUAUUAAUUUGGGAUCUAUCGCAUCCCACAACUGUCCCAUACUAUGUUUGGAAUAUUUAUUUCUCACACAGAGUAGAAUAGGUCAACUUUUGUUUUAUGGGGAUAGUAGAUUGACAUAGGCUAGUGCUUUUGCUGUUCGUUGGGCCUACUCAUCUUAUUGGCUGACGAAAAGUAAAUGUGGACAGUUCUUCCAAUAUCUUCAAUAUGCGCCUCGGAAUUGGAUAAGGACGGGCGCAGUUGUCUUCACUUGUAGCCUGUGAGAAAGACCCGAUCACAUGACGGGCAUUGGCUAAUGAGAAUUUAGCUAUCUGAAAGAGCCAUGUGAGUGAGAGGUGCUUUGGAGCAAGCAACCGGGAGAAGGGAAUUAUCAUUAUUAUAUUCAGCCCAAGGGCACAACGGCCACUGGCCGCAAGAGGCAUACAUUUUUUUAGGGGGCAUUACGGCCACACAAUUCAAGGCAUUAUCAAGUGCUUGUCAAAUUGUGAAUGAGAGACUGAUGAAGUGUGUACAGCCUGAGCAAAAAACAAUGCAGGGCUCAUGCCUUUCAUGCAACUUUUUUCAACUCAUCAUUAGAGAUGCAUCAUGCAGCCAUAGAAUGUAUUACAAAUGAAAACAUAUAGCCCAACUUUGUAUCACAACUAAAGUUGCAUAAAUAACUCUAAAUGAAGCAUAAUAGGAGGAUCUGUAUCUUUGUUAACCGCUCCACACAGAAUAGCUGCAUGUACGCAUUCGCUCAAAUCAUUUGGAGAAAAUAUCCUUUCUAUUUUAUUCAGCUACAGUUGAAGUCGGAAAUCUACAUAUACUUAGGUUGGAGUCAUUCAAACUCGUUUUUCAACCACUCCACAAAUUUCUUGUUAACAAACUGUAGUUUUUGGCAAGUCGGUUAGGACAUCUACUUUGUGCAUGACACAAGUAAUUUUUCCAACAAUUGUUUACAGACAGAUGAUUUCACUUAUAAUUCACUGUAUCACAAUUCCAGUGGGUCAGAAGUUUACAUACACUAAGUUGACUGUGCCUUUAAACAGCUUGGAAAAUUCCAGAAAAUGAUGUCAUGGCUUUAGAAGCUUCUGAUAGGCUAAUUGACAUCAUUCGAUUCAAUUGGAGGUGUACCUGUGGAUGUAUUUCAAGGCCUACCUUCAAACUCAGUGCCUCUUUGCUUGACAUCAUGGAAAUAUCAAAUUAGGAUUAAAUGUCAGGAAUUGUGAAAAACUGAGUUUAAAUGUAUUUGGCUAAGGUGUAUGUAAACUUCCGACUUCAACUUUAUGUUCAGUUGUAUUCUUCAUAUUAAAAUAAUGCCACGGAAUUCUAAGCAAAUCUUGUCUGCUAAAUGAACUAGUGUAGUCCACAGCCAUAUGGCAUAGCCAGAUCAAAAUCAAAUCAAAUCGAAUUGGUCACAUACACAUAUUUAGCAGAUGUUGCGGGUGUAGUGAAAUGCUUGUGUUCCUAGCUCCAACAGCGCAGUAGUAUCUAACAAUUCACAACAAUACACACAAAUCUUAAAGUAAAAUAAUGGAAUUAAGAAAUAUAUAAAUAUUAGGACGAGCAAUGUCGGAGUGGCAUUGACUAAAAUACAGUAGAAUAGAAUACAGUAUAUACAGUGGGGAGAACAAGUAUUUGAUACACUGCCGAUUUUGCAGGUUUUCCUACUUACAAAGCAUGUAGAGGUCUGUAAUUUUUAUCAUAGGUACACUUCAACUGUGAGAGACGGAAUCACAUUGUAUGAUUUUCAGAAAUCACAUUGUAUGAUUUUUAAGUAAUUCAUUUGCAUUUUAUUGCAUGACAUAAGUAUUUGAUACAUCAGAAAAGCAGAACUUAAUAUUUGGUACAGAAACCUUUGUUUGCAAUUACAGAGAUCAUACGUUUCCUGUAGGUCUUGACCAGGUUUGCACACACUGCAGCAGGGAUUUUGGCCCACUCCUCCAUACAGACCUUUUCCAGAUCCUUCAGGUUUCGGGGCUGUCGCUGGGCAAUACGGACUUUCAGCUCCCUCAAAAGAUUUUCUAUUAGGUUCAGGUCUGGAGACUGGCUAGGCCACUCCAGGACCUUGAGAUGCUUCUUACGGAGCCACUCCUUAGUUGCCCUGGCUGUGUGUUUCGGGUCGUUGUCAUGCUGGAAGACCCAGCCACGACCCAUCUUCAAUGCUCUUACUGAGGGAAGGAGGUUGUUGGCCAAGAUCUCACGAUACAUGGCCCCAUCCAUCCUCUUCUCAAUACGGUGCAGUCGUCCUGUCCCCUUUGCAGAAAAGCAUCCCCAAAGAAGGAUGUUUCCACCUCCAUGCUUCACGGUUGGGAUGGUGUUCUUGGGGUUGUACUCAUCCUUCUUCUUCCUCCAAACACGGCAAGUGGAGUUUAGACCAAAAAGCUAUAUUUUUGUCUCAUCAGACCACAUGACCUUCUCCCAUUCCUCCUCUGGAUCAUCCAGAUGGUCAUUGGCAAACUUCAGACGGGCCUGGACAUGCGCUGGCUUGAGCAGGGGGACCUUGCGUGCGCUGCAGGAUUUUAAUCCAUGACGGCGUAGUGUGUUACUAAUGGUUUUCUUUGAGACUGUGGUCCCAGCUCUCUUCAGGUCAUUGACCAGGUCCUGCCCUGUAGUUCUGGGCUGAUCCCUCACCUUCCUCAUGAUCAUUGAUGCCCCACGAGGUGAGAUCUUGCAUGGAGCCCCAGACCGAGGGUGAUUGACCGUCAUCUUGAACUUCUUCCAUUUUCUAAUAAUUGCGCCAACAGUUGUUGCCUUCUCACCAAGCUGCUUGCCUAUUGUCUUGUAGCCCAUCCCAGCCUUGUGCAGGUCUACAAUUUUAUCCCUGAUGUCCUUACACAGCUCUCUGGUCUUGGCCAUUGUGGAGAGGUUGGAGUCUGUUUGAUUGAGUGUGUGGACAGGUGCCUUUUAUACAGGUAACGAGUUAAAACAGGUGCAGUUAAUACAGGUAAUGAGUGGAGAACAGGAGGGCUUCUUAAAGAAAAACUAACAGGUCUGUGAGAGCCGGAAUUGUUACUAGUUGGUAGGUGAUCAAAUACUAAUGUCAUGCAAUAAAAUGCAAAUUAAUUACUUAAAAAUCAUACAAUGUGAUUUUCUGGAUUUUUUUUCUCACAGUUGAAGUGUACCUAUGAUAAAAAUUACAGACAUCUACAUGCUUUGUAAGUAGGAAAACCUGCAAAAUCGGCAGUGUAUCAAAUACUUGUUCUCCCCACUGUACAUAUGAAAUGAGUAAAGCAGUAUGUAAACAUUAUUAAAGUGACCAGUGAUUCCAUGUCUAUGUAAAUAGGGCAGCAGCCUCUAAGGUGCAGGGUUGAGUAACCGUGUGGUAGCCGGCUAGUGAUGGCUAUUUAACAGUCUGAUGGCCUUGAGAUUGUUUUUCAGUCUUUCGGUCCCAGCUUUGAUGCACCUGUACUGACCUCGCCUUCUGGAUGGUAGCGGGGUGAACAGGCCAUGGCUCGGGUGGUUAAUGUCCUUGAUGAUCUUUUUGGCCUUCCUGUGACAUCGGGUGCUGUAGGUGUCCUGGAGGGCAGGCAGUGUACCUCCGGUGAUGCGUUGGUUGGGCAGACCGCACCACCCUCUGGAAAGCCCUGUGGUUGCGGGCGGUGCAGUUGCCACACCAAGCGGUGAUACAGCCCGACAGGAUGCUCUCAAUUGUGCAUCUGUAAAAGUUUGUGAGGGUCUUAGGGGCCAAGCCGAAUUUCUUCAGCCGUUGUUGCGCCUUCUUCACCACACUGUCUGUGUGGGUGGACCAUUUCAGAUUGUCAGUGAUGUGUACGCCGAGGAACUUGAAGCUUUCCACCUUCUCCACUGCGGUCCCGUCGAUGUGGAUAGAGGCGUGCUCCCUCUGCUGUUUCCUGAAGUCCAUGAUCAGCUCCUUCAUUUUGUUGACAUUGAGGGAGAGGUUAUAUUCCUGGCACCACUCCUCCAGGGCCCUCACCUCCUCCCUGUAGGCUGUCUCGUCAUUGUUGGUAAUCAGGCCUACUACUGUUGAAUUGGAGGCGUGCGUGGCCACGCAGUCAUGGGCGAACAGGGAGUACAGGAGGGGGCUGAGCACGCAUCCUUGUGGGGCCCCUGUGUUGAGGAUCAGCGAAGUGGACGUGUUGUUUCCUACCUUCACCACAUGGGGGCGGCCCGUCAGGAAGUCCAGGACACAAUUGCACAGGGCGGGGUUCAGACCCAGGACCCCAAGCUUAAUGAUGAGCUUGGAGGGUACUAUGUUGUUGAAGACUGAGCUAUAGUCAAUGAAUAGCAUUCUAUUGGGGCGGUAUGCAAAUUUAAGUGGUUAUUAUAAUUGAUUCCUGGAGCAUUUCAUAUCCAAUGCUUAUUUGUAUGACUUGUUCAAAACUGUCCAUGAAUGGCUGCAAAAAUACAUAGCCUCAUAUCAUUAAUUUUCAAAGACACAAGUAGGCAUAUCAGAUAUCAAAUAUGUGAUUACACUGGCAAAGUUGGGAAGAAGUGGAAUAAUAAAAUAUGUUUGGGGAAUAACAGUAGUCUUCUUGCUGACAAGCACACUAAUUACCCUAUAUUUUAGCCCAUUGUUAAGAAUGAGAAUUGUUCCACUGAACAGACUAAAUAAAGUAAAUAAAUAAGAAAAUCUCCUGAAGACAACGUUACAUAAAUCUGCCCCUACACCCUAACCAAAUGAUUGUCCAAUGUAUUUUUCCACUCUAGAAUCAAACGUGCACUUUUGGGUUCACAAUCUGUUUGACAGAAUUAUUUUUAUAGUUACAAAAGGUCACCCUACCAAAUGUCCCUGCUAAAACAUACUGUAGGUCUGUCUGUCUGCUGCCUUUUUGUUGUCACAGCCUAAAAGCCAAUCACCAAAGGAGGGGACUAAUGCAAGUGUGGAUUAUAUCGACUUUAGUACAUGCUGUCAAAGGGCAAUAGAUUAAUGGACGGGAGUAACAUCAACCAAAUUUGGCUGACAACAUUUUACACGAAACAGUGUUACGGUGCUGCUCUUUUUACGGUUUUAUAAACUCAGCGAAAAACGUUCUCUUUCUCCAUUCGUCUCCACUCUAAUCUUGAGGGGCGUUUCUGUAAAACAUGCAUCCAAUCCCCUUGAUCCCUCACAUAGCUAGACCAAUAAUAUGCUUCAAUGUGACGCGGUUCAUGGUGCUGUGGCAAGACAGGGUAAUGAUAGAGGUUCUGCUCAUGAUGUUAAAUUGCAGGCGCAGAUGCUCCGAUUUCAAAACGAUUUGGAGCACAGUUGAAAAGUUAAUGCGAUGACUAUACAAUGGACUAAUUUGAAAAAUAAAAGCAGUAGUUUUCAAAGCGUGAGAUAUAAGAAGAGGGUCAAAUGCGUGUGUCUCACGGCCAAUGCGUGUGAGUUGUCAGCUCUGUAUAUAUGCAAUUGAUUAUACUAGUGCUAGUGUAGUAUGAUGAUGAAAAUACAGGUAGAAAAACACACCCACUAGUUCUUCACAACUUCGUCACUGAUCCUGCAACACAGUAUGAUGUCUAUUCCCCUUUUUUCAAUGACCAUGAUGCAUCACUCUGACAUGUCUCUAUCCAUACAGGACAGACAUCAAGGAGUUAAUAUCAGAGAUCAGGAAGUCGGAGCCACUGAUCACAGCAUCAUGCAUCGACCGAGUCAAACCCUUGAUCCUCAGACUGCAGGAGAAACUGGGUCAGCAGGACAACGCAGGUUCUACCUCUUCAAGGUCAAAUACAGCUUCCAUCUUUCUGAGCUACCUAUUUAUUUUCAUUAGGCUCUCUUUUUAAUGAUAAUGUUAUUGUCUGCCUCCUGAUUGUCCACCCUUGUGUGCAAGUGUACACUGGGAAAAGGGUGAAUAAUUGGGAUGCAGCAAUAGACAGCAAUUAACAGGCAUGACCACACUGCCAGUGCCUUGUGUAAACAGUACAGCCAUCCUGUAAUUCCUCAUUUGAACCCUAGAUGGCAGCAGGGGGUGGGAAUUAUAUAAUUCAGCACAUCAAAGCCAGAUGUAUUAUGUAUGGCUAUUACACGGUCAAACGCAUAGAUGUAAAUUUAAUUAAUGCUGUCAAGUAAACCGCCUCAGAGUAAAAAAAUAAAAUCCUCCUCCCUUCUCCCUUGCAGGCGCUGAAGGCACACAUAUUGCCACUGACGAAUGUUGUCUUCAAUAAAUCAGGGUCGAGGUAAGUUUAUCUGCACUGCAUGGAAAUGUGCAGAGAACCCCAGGCACUUGUCUUUCCGGGGUGCAGUAGAGGUAAACCGAUCUCUCUUUUUACACUCUCUGUCUCCUUUUCUCUCUCUUUCUGUCUCUUUCUCUGUUUCUCCCUCUCCCCUCUCUCUAUAUCUCCCUCUCUCUGUCUCUCUCUUUCCACCUCCACCUCUCCCUCUCUCUCUGCAGUUUUAUAACUGGGAGCUAUGACAGGACAUGUAAAAUAUGGGACACGGCAUCAGUCGAGGAGCUGCACACACUGGAGGGCCACAGGAACGUGGUGUACGCCAUUGCCUUCAACAACCCCUAUGGGGAACCACCUUCCUGUCACUCUUCCCCAGGUUUAAAAACACCAGGACCUGUAUUCAUAAAGCGUCUCAGAGUAGAAGUGCUGAUCUGGAUCUGGGACCCCCCUGUCCAUAUAAUCUGAUUCAUUAUUAUCUAAAAGGCCAAACUGAUCCUAGAUCAGUACUCCGACUCUGAGACUUAAGUCCCAGAGAGCCUUAUGCUUAUCCUAUGUUCCUCCGUUGUCUUACACUUAAGGCCAAGGGAAAGAGUUGGUCGUUAAAAGAAAGCAUUUUUCCUAUCUAAAAUCUUACCUUUAUUUCUCCUCUUUAAUCCAGGGACAAGAUUGCCACUGGGUCUUUUGAUAAGACCUGCAGGCUGUGGAGUGCAGAGAUGGGCAAAUGUUUCCAUACCUUCCAAGGACACACUGCGGAAAUAGUACGAGGGACUUUCUAAUCUAGAGAUGGAACUUUCUGAGAGAUUGGACUUGUCUUUCAGUAUAAAUAGGAUUGUAGUGAGCUUUGAAUCAGAUUUUCUAUGUGAAUGGCAGCUAACACUGUGCCGACCAGGUGUGUUUGGCGUUUAACCCUCAAAGUACCUUGGUGGCCACGGGGAGCAUGGACACUACUGCCAAGCUAUGGGACGUCCAGACUGGAGAGGAGGUGGCUACACUAACAGUAAAUUAGCUCUCUCUCUCUUUCUCAUCUCACUCUCUUUCUCUCCCUUCUCUCCUUUCCUCUCAUCUCCACACACUCUCACAACCAUCCAAGUCCACAUCCAUUCAUUAAUUACUUAAUUCAGUCAUUUAUAUGCAUUCAUCCUUUCAUUUUUUAAUAUGAUUAUUCAUGAUGUGCUGGUCCAGCAGUCACCCUGCUUACUGUGUGUUCUAUCCUCCCGUCAUAUGUGUGUAUGCAGAUGUGACUGUAAUACAUUCAUAAGGUAAUCUAUCUACAUGCUCAACUACAGGACAGGCAGCAGUUUCCUCCUGCAUGUGGGCACACUGUGUGGCUGUGUGUUCCAGAGAGGGAAUUCUGUGUGCUCCUCUACCCCUCCUCUCUACCCCUACUCUACCCCUUCUUCUUCAAUUAUUCCUACAUUAGUCAUGCUGGUGAAUAUAGUGACUCGAGCACAAAAAUACAAAUGUGUUCCUUAAACUGAAUUGGAUGAAAUUAUGCAAUUUAGCUUUUUCAAAGGAGAAAGAAUAGCUCAUUUAUUUGACUGUACUUUUGUGAACUCUGCAAGUGUAACGAAUCGAAUUCUCUCCUCUCGUUCAUGUUCGUUUUUCGUUCACUCUCUCUUUCUCUCUCCCUCUCUCUUCCCCACCCUUUCCCUCCCUCCUUCUCUCCCUCCCCCCUUUCUCUCCUCCCUCUCUCUCUCCUUCCUCUCUCAGGCCACUCAGCAGAGGUAAUCUCCUUGUCGUUUAACACAGUGGGUGACCAGCUAGUCACUGGCUCCUUUGACCACACUGUUUCUCUGUGGGAUGUUCCAUCUGGGAGGUGAGAGCCCAAGUGUUUGUGUGUGUGUGUGUGUGUGUUUGCGUGUCCAUCCAUGUGUGUGUGUGUGUGUGUGUGUGUGUGUGUGUGUGUGUGUGUGUGUGUGUGUGUGUGUGUUUGUGUUCGAGUCUAACCAUAAUUAACGCCCUCCUCUCAUUCUACCAGGCGUGUCCACACACUGAUAGGUCACAGAGGGGAGAUCAGCAGUGUUCAGUUUAACUGGGACUGCUCCCUUAUCAUCACCGGCUCCAUGGACAAAAGCUGUAGGGUGAGCUCUCACAUCCUCUCUUACAUCCCAUUUCACAUCAUGUUACAUCUCCUAUCAUCUCUCUCACAUCAUCUCUCUCUCUCUCUUUCUCUCCCUCUGGUAGAGACCUAUCUCUUUUAAGCUCUGCAUCAUUUAAAAAGGAAAAUGUAAUGCUUUAAUUAUUCCAAGAUGAAUCACGCUCGCUGGGUAGUUGUGUGAAUUAUUCACGUGGCUGCAUUCCUGAAGAGAAGAUUGUGAAGAGGGGAAAACACAACCAUUGUGUUGUUAGAGCACUAACCAAGCUGGUUAUUUUUGUAAAUGGCUUUUAAAAAUAGAUUAAUUAACAUUUUACGUUUUGCCAUUGUCUGUGUUUGUACGUGUGCGUGUGACUGUGUGUCUGUGUGUGUUUGUGAGUGUGCAUGUGCACGUGUGUGCUUAUGUAUGUGCACGUGUGUUUGUGUCCUAGUGUGUGUACCGGAAUGUGUGUGUCUAUGCUUCCCCAGGUGUGGGAGGCAGCGAGUGAGAAGUGUAUGGCCACGCUAGCAGGCCAUGAAGAAGAGGUGCUGGAUGUGUGUUUCGACUACACCGGUCAACUCAUAGCCACCGCCUCGAGCUCACGGUACGACCACAGGGAUACAGUAUACAAUAUAUCAUACUAAUGAUGUUCUAUUUAAUUAUGUGGGUACCUCUCUCUGCUGUGUCCAUGACUGUCAAUACAAAGUUCCUGGAUUGAACAAUGUCCCAGGCGCUGAACAACUAUAUCCGUACUGUACCCAGGCCAGCCACCCCCAUUUCACACUAUCAUGCCAACCCAAAUCGUACUGUGGUGGCUCAAAUAUUAAUUUUUCACAUUGUCCUUUCCAGAACAGUUCCUGCAACUUUGGUGUAUGACUAACCAGGCCAGCUCUAUUUAAUUCAUUUUAUUUUAAGGUUCAACUUCAUCUUCGCUCAAACAAUAACACCGGAUGAUUUGAGAAAUCAAUAUUUCCCCCUGCCUCUUAGGCACAGCGAGAGUGUACAGUGCUGCCAGCUACCAGUGCAUCUCCAGACUGGAGGGCCACGAGGGAGAGAUCUCCAAGGUGAGUCACUGAGACAGGUAAUGGUUCAAACAGGACCCAAAAUGGCCCCUCUCUCUCUGUCUCUUUGUCUGCCUCGGAGCAUCCGUCAGGGUACAGGACUAGACAGGAGGGAUGAGGACGGCAGUCCGUUUGCCGGGGGGAUGUUUCUACCUCUUGUUACUGAUUCUUGUGUCAGUUUCUAGGUCAACCAAGUCUUGACGAUGACAUAGAGAGACGUGACCCUGAAGGUGUCCCCACCUCAGGCCAGAGCGUUCCAGAAACAUCCGGGCUUGUCUUCCUGGUCUACAUAUAGGCUGAUUCCUGGUCUACCUAUAAGCUGAUUCCUGGUCUACCUAUAAGCUGAUUCAAAGCACUCCCUGAGUUUUUCUGCCUAGUUACUGUGAUUCCCCCUUUCCCCUGUAGUCUAAUUUGAUUGGCACUUUUCAUUUGCUCUUGUUUCAGUUCCCUGUAAUGUCACACCUUGGUUGUUUUAUUAACCAAACACCAUGACACAGUCUGUCCCUGCUCACUGUGUAACUGUAUUAACCACCGCUGUAUAGAGCCACAUGUGACCUGGGCCUGUGUUGUAGGUGACCCAGCUGUGACCUAAAUGUUUGUGUGAUCUUAUCAGGCUCUGCCAUUUGACAGUUCUGCCAGUGUAUGUGUGUGUGUGUGUGCAUCUUUGUUAGUGUGGGUAUACGUGUCUGCAUAUUGUGUGUGUAUGUGUGCGUGUUUGUUGCUCGGAGCCACAGCCACUAGGGGUCCCGAUUCAGACUUAGGAAAUGUACGCCUUUCCAACAGACACCUUUCCUACGCACUUCUCAAUAGUUGAUAUUCAGACUUAUCUUAUGCAGAUGCAUAAUGGGCUUUGCAUGCGUGGUUAACAUUUAUUAAACUGCUGAAAACCCUUCCACUUGUUGGCCAACCAUUUUCCUCAUGGAGUUUUAAUUCAAUAGGUUUUUCAGUACAUUUAUCUAAAUUCAUCCCUUUGUACCUUUAACUACAAUUGUAUUGACAUGCUCACUAGAAUAUAUGAAGAGAAUGGUUCAGAAUAUUAGGGAUCAAUGAAAGAAAAAAGAAAAAAAAGCUUUUCAGCAACAGUUGGUAGAUUUAAAAAUACUCUGAUCUUGUAUAUUUUUAAGGGUUAGGAAAGUAUUUAUGAAUAAUAAUAAAAAAAAGCUUUGGAGAGCCUUUAUGCACUAAAUAUAUUGGCGUAUCAAAAAUACAGUUGUUUGAUUCAUCCUGAAAAAUAAUCUGUAAAUCUAUAAAUCUUACCUAAUAAUCCUCACUUAUCAUGGAACUGUGAUGACAACAGUCCAGUCAUUGUGAAGGUUUAAACUGCUACAUAUGGUCUGCGUUCCAUAAUGAUUCAAAUAGUCUACAUGUCCCAAAUUAUUGCACAAUUUGUAAUCCGUUUGCCCAAUAUACUGUAAUCUACUAUUGUUAGCGAUCCUCAGGAACAACCAUACGAACGUGACAGACGAAAGAAAGAUCAACUAACAACGUAAUGGAAUAAUGCAAAAUGUAAGGAAACUAACACUAAAGUCAGUGUAUGUGGGUAUAGCUGACGGUGGCUACCAAUAGUGUCUAAUAUUUAACAAAACAAAUGGUUAAAAAAAUACAGAGAGAAGUCUGGGCAUAUAAAUAAAAUAUACUAGAAAUCAUAAAGUCUCCAAAUUUCAUACCAAGUUAUAUGGCCAGCAUUUCAUAAACUUCACUGUGGAAAAGUUAAUAUAAAUUUUUGUCAUUUAGCAGACACGCUUAUCCAAAGCGAUUUACAGGAAUAAUUAGUGAUAGUGCCUUGCUCAAAGACACAUCGACAGAUUUGUCACCUAGAGGAAUUGAACCAGCAACCUUUCGGUUACUGGCCCAACGCUCUUAACCGCUAGGCUACCUGCUGAUAUAUUGAUAUGCUUUAGUUUGCUGCCGUAUGACUGGUUUUACAUUUGGCUCCAACGAUCAUAAGGUAAAAUAUAUCUUAAAAAACGAUAGGUUGCUCGACCUGAUUCAUCAUUUCAUCGCGUGUAAAGGUGGUGGAAUUAUGAGGGAGUCGAGGUCAGAAUACGGCGUGUCUGUAGACACCUCCGCCACAUUCGUUUUUUAAAAUCUCCAGCCCUAACGAAUAGGGGGUGAAUAACAUGUUAUUCUCAUGCUUAAAUUCAAGGUCAGAAUACGCUUAGAGAGAAAAGUGCAUAAAAAGGGAAUUAUGUUCCAUUUAAGCGCACUUUACUCGGGUUGCCUCAUUGGCCUGCCUGUCUAGUGUCUGUUUACUGAAAGCCAUCAGGGCCCAUUUAAGCGCACUUUACUCGGGUUGCAAUUCCCCCCUGGUUGCCUCAUUGGCCUGCCUGUCUAGUGUCUGUUUACUGAAAGCCAUCAGGGCCCAGCCUCAGUAAUAGGCUGUAAAGAGGAUGAUUUCACAGGAUUAUGACACUAAUCUCCCUCAAACAGGACACCUCUAUCUCCCCUCCCUCCGCCUCUUACAUCUCGUUUUUCUUCACUCUCUCCCACUAUUUCUGACUCUGUCGGUCCCUGUUUUUACUUUCAUUCUAAUUUCCACUUUCGUCCCUCCAUCUCCCUCUCCCCCACUCUUCGUUGUUGCUUUCUUCCUCUCAUUAUGAGGGACCAGAUUGAAACGGCAGAAGCUGAUUUUUUCUUAAAGGUCCAAUGCAACCGUUUUUAUCUCAAUAUCAAAUCAUUUCUGGGUAACAAUUAAGUACCUUACUGUGAUUGUUUUCAAUUAAAAUGGUAAGAAAUUCUUAGCAAAGAGCAAUUUCUCAAGUAAGAGUUUUGCUAGGACUGACUGGGAGUGGUCUGAUUGGGGAGAAGAAAACUGAAAACUAGCUGUUAUUUACAGAGGUUCGGAACUCUCUUUCUUAUUGGUCUAUUAACUAAUUGACUGUCUGGUGAUGUCACCAGGCAGGCCAAAACUCCAUCCCACCAAAACAGGCUGAAAUCUCAGCUGGUCUUUUCAAACAGCUCUUACACUAUUAGGGCAUUAUCAUAAUUUUCACAAUUUCACAGUAUUCUUCCAACCUUAUAGUGUGGAAAUAUAUACGUUUUUUUUUACUGCACUGGGCCAUUAAAAUAAUGUCUUUAGAAUUAAUUUAAUAGAACCAAAUACUGCUAAAAACAUACAUUAAUUGUUUUGUUGAUAAAAUAUGCAGGAAAGAAUGUAAAAGAGUAAUUGAUAUGGAAUGUAAUCAUCUCAACAGAUACCAUUCACUUACUCCAUCUUCUUCUGCCUCAUCCUUCUCUUUCUCUUCUCUUUUUCCUCUCUCUUUUCACUACUCUCUUCUCUCUUCUCUCGUAUCCUCUUUUCUCAAAAUUCUACACCUCUGUGCUCUCCUUCUCUCUCUCCUCUAUGUGUAACCGGUGUGAAAUGGCUAGCUAGUUAGCGGUGCGCGCUAGUAGCGUUUCAAUCGGUGAUGUCACUCGCUCUGAGACCUUGAAGUAGUUGUUUCCCUUGCUCUGCAAGGGCCGCAGCUUUUGUGGAGCGACGGGUAACGGUGCUUCGAGGGUGACUGUUGUCGAUGUGUGCAGAGGGUUCCUGGUUCAAGCCCAGGUAGGGGCGAGGAGAGGGACGGAAGCAACACUGUUACAUGUGCUCCCUCUUAUCUUUGCUCCCCCCUUCUCUCUCUCCUCAGUGUCCUCUCUCUCUCUCCUCUUUUAGCUCAUUCCUUUUUUCUCGCUCUCCUCUGUGCUGUCAGUGUCACCCUCUCCCAGAGUUCUAUUUCCAUUUCCUGUCUGAGGGCUGCUCAUCCUUAAACACUCAUCACCCUGCAGCGUGAUACUUUUUAUAUAAACACUUUACUUUUAUGACAAUGCAGAGCCAGCAUAAUUUAACCCUCCUAGCCCCAUGUUUAUUUCUUCACCUCACUGUGUGUGCUUGUCGAUCUCUCUGAAGUCUAUCUGUUCCAUUAGAACCAUUCCACCAUAGGAAAUGCCUGGCCAUUUAACAGAGCUCCAUUUACAGUUAAUAGCCAUUUAAGAAUAUAGUGCUGACGUGCUGAAAGUUCCCCAUGCUCUAUUCUCAUUUGGUGGUUCCUAUCUCCUCUUGCACACUCCCUCAUCAGUGCACACUCCAUCCAGCCAUUCACUCCAUCACUCAUUUUCACUCUCAUAACACACACACACCCUUAUGUCAAUUUCAACCUCCCCUUCUUCUCCCUUGCAGAUUUGUUUUAACCCUCAGGGCAGUAGAGUUCUGACGGCCAGCAUUGACAAGAUGGCUCGCCUGUGGGAUGUCCAGUCUGUCAUCUGUCUGCAGGUCCUGGAGGGACACAUGGACGAGAUCUUCUCCUCCGCCAACUACGAGGGUGACGCCAUCAUCACAGGUAAUAUGUACCCUCUGUCAGGGCUGGGGUCAAUUCCAUUUCAAUUCAGCAUUGAGAAAAAUUGGAAUUGGAAUUUCAGUUUAGUUUCUGAAUUGCCUGAAAUGGAAUUGAGCCCAACCCUGCCCUCUACAUAAUCAUACCUAGUUAAAAUGCAAAGACGCCACUGCAACCUCUUCACAGCCAAACAAGCAUUAUUUUUUCUCCACCCACAAACACUUUAUCAAGGUUAAAAUGAACAGGCCACAGCUGGGUGAGGUGAGCUUCUGCCUCCUUUUCAACCACCUGUUCCUGUCUUCUCUCUGCUGCAGGCAGCAAGGACAACACCUGUCGCAUCUGGCGCUGACCCGUCCUAUGGUCAGUUGUCAGUAGGGUGUGUGAGGAGGGGUAGGCCAUCUGGACAGGUGACUCCAGUCUGACUCCUGAUGUCCAUCCCCCAACAAGAAGAUGACUCCAACAGGGCCCUGUUUGAAGACGCCCUUUCUGGAAGUUAUCACUAGGAGGUCACGUAUGUAGACCGGAUAGCUUUGGUGAAAGAAUUUGGUCCCAUUUUACUAUCUAGCACUGUCUAGAC